AUGCUUAUUGUUCGUUCCGUAACAGUAGCUUAUAAUAGUUCAUUGCUUAUUGUUAGUUCUGUAACAAUAGCUUAUAAUAGUUCAUUGCUGAUUGUUCGUUCCGUAACAAUAGCUUAUAAUAGUUCAUUCCUUAUUGUUCGUUCCGUAACAAUAGCUUAUAAUAGUUCAUUGCUUAUUGUUCGUUCCGUAACAAUAGCUUAUAAUAGUUCAUUGCUGAUUGUUCGUUCCGUAACAAUAGCUUAUAAUAGUUCAUUGAUUAUUGUUCGUUCCGUAACAAUAGCUUAUAAUAGUUCAUUGCUGAUUGUUCGUUCCGUAACAAUAGCUUAUAAUAGUUCAUUGCUGAUUGUUCGUUCCAUAACAAUAGCUUAUAAUAGUUCAUUGCUUAUUGUUCGUUCCGUAACAAUAGCUUAUAAUAGUUCAUUGCUGAUUGUUUGUUCCGUAACAAUAGCAUAUAAUAGUUCAUAG